AUGAGUAUCCUCAAUGUGUCAACUCUCAUGCUUCAUUUUGCCCUGACUGCCUUCUCUGAAUCUAAGAUUGUCAGCGUGAUCUUAGACGCUGCGUUUGUUUCGCUCUGCUACAAGCCGCAGAGAACAGAAGUGACUACAGUAUACAGAAGCAGAGAAAACGCUCUGAAAGAACACGUCUCAUCCCAAACUCCGAGACUUCUGCAGGAGAACUAUGGCAUUGAAUUCCAGGUGGUGGACCUGUACUGAAUUGAUCCAGAGGAGUGGGACAGUCCAGAGCUGCAGAGACUACGGAUGAAAUUACUGGAAGAAUGUCUGAAGACUUCAGCUGGUCCAUGCUUUGUUGGGCUCAUCGGAGAGAAGUAUGGCAGCAUUCGGGUCCCAGGUGAGGUGGAGUCGGCCGAGUUUGAGAUGAUUUUGGAUGCGGCGGUGGAGGCGGGACUAGACACACGGAUCUUGGAGGAGUGGUAUUGUCGAGAUGAGAACUCAGUCCCGCCUGCCUACUACCUAAAACCCAAAGCUGAGAUGCUGAAGAACUACCAGAACUCUAUGGAGUCAAGCAGCGUAGCAAAAUCGAAGAACGACAAGGCAUGGAGGGCAGUCUCAGAGGAAAUCAAGAGGAUCUUCAGAACCUCUGUUUUACAGCUGCAGGAGAAGGGAACCAUGAAGAGCGCUCAAGCCAAGAAAUUUCUGUGCUCAGCGUUAGAGGAUGAACUGGAUUUCGCAUUGGGCAAGCAGACCCCAGCCUUCCUCAAGAAGUGUGUAUGUUACAUCCGGAAGAUAUCCAACUUUGACCGCUUCGCUAAACUCCCCGAGAUGGCCCGCUACAUGGACAUCGUGGUGAGCGCCGACCGUGUCAUGAGAAACCAAGAAGCCUAUGAGCGUCUUCUGAAAGUCCGAGACGAGUUCAUUCCGAUGGUGGUGGCAGCAUCCAAUCUUCGAGUCUACUCCUCAGUCACUCACUGUGACAUGAAACUUGGCUACUCACAGGAAGUAGAGAGCCACUACGUCGAAGGUCUGUGUAAACAGUUUUAUGAAGACAUGGUGGAUAUCAUCCAAGCCACGGUCCAACAGAACUUUGACACAGAGACCGAUCCGCUCUAUGAUGAAAUUAUACAGCAUCUUUCGCUGUGCAAGACUUUUUCAUCUUUUUAUGUGUACAAGAGUGAAGCUUUGGACAUAGUCCAGGAGUACCUGUACCCCUCCAAAGGUGGUCGAAUAACUCCCCAAGUGGUGUAUGGAGGACCCUGCACUGGAAAGACAUUGUUACUUGCGGAAGUGGCAAAACAGGCUUAUUCAUGGCUACAGAAGGAAAUGGGACCAGAAACAGACCCGGUUGUCAUUGUCAGAUUCAUCGGGUCUUCAGACUUCUCUACUGACCUCCGCACGCUGCUGCAGAGCAUCUGUGAGCAGAUUGCCAUCAACUAUCGGUGCCUGAUCCACUUCUUACCAAACAAGAUCCAGGAGAUGAGGGAGCUGCUGGUAAAUUUGCUAGGGGAGUCAUCAUUUCACCGACCUCUUGUCAUUAUUCUGGAUGCCUUGGAGCAGUUGUCAGAUGUUGACGAGGCUCGGAAGCUGUGGUGGCUGCCUGUCCACCUGCCACGUACAGUCCGAAUUGUAGUGUCAACCCUGCCCAACAAGCACGGGAUACUCCAGAAAUUACGCUGCCUGAUACAUGACGAGGAUGCCUAUGUUGAACUGAUGCAAAGAGACCGCAAAGCUUGCAGUCAGACACUUAAACAGCAGCUUCUGAGUGUCAAAAGGAAGGUGACAUCUGGCCAACAGAUAUAUGUGAAUGAGGCAAUGGCAAAAUGUACACUCCCCAUGUUCGUCAACCUCAUCUACCGAGAGGUAGUUCACUGGAGGUCGCACAAGGAUGUGGACGACAAAUCAUUGUGUUCGACGGUGCACGAAAGCAUUGAGCAGCUUUUCUACUCUAUUGAAAACAAGCUUGGCUCACGCUUUGUCUUUCGAGCACUGGGCUAUAUCACAAUGGCACGGGCAGGCCUAACAGAGCUGGAGCUAGAGGAUAUCUUAUCUUUGGACAACAGUGUCCUUGGGGACAUCAUGGUGAGCUCUAAUCUUAAAAGCCCGCUGCGCAUUUCUUACGAUUUCAUAGCCAGGCUAAAAGAAGAACUUGAGGGUUAUUUAGUGGAGCGUCAAGUCCGUAAUGUAACGCUAAUGGUUUGGGCAAACCGCCACCUGCAUCUUAUAGCACAAAAGCUAUACCUCAGUAAUGAAGAAGAUGUACAUCAAAUGCAUAGCCUUUUGGCUGAGUACUUCCUUGGGGCAUGGGCAGGUGGUAGAAAGAAGAUAUUCCACUGCGACAAUAAUCACUUUGCCUCACUGAAUAUCUCACACCAUCGAAACCCUCAUCACCAGCAGAGCCUUCACGGCCACGACAAAGCUUCUGCUGACAAGCACUCUUAUGACAGACAGACACCCGAACAACCCUGGGUGUUCCAGUGUAACUUGCUAGAGCCAGACAUCUUCUUUGUCAACCAUCGAAAGAUGACGGAGCUCACAUACCACCUGACAAGGAGCGGCCGGACAGAUGAUCUCAUGUAUGGUGUCAUCAUGAACUUCAGCUGGCUCUACACUAUGAUAAAGAUAGGGCAGUUUGACAAGGCCCUGUCAGACAUUGACCUAGCUUACAGCUACACGCAAGAAAAGGAGCUAAAGUUUCUCGCAACUACACUCCGCAGUAUUAAGCUUAAAGUGACAAAAAAUCCUGCAUCACUGUCUGCUGAACUUCAGCAAAGGCUCCUUCCAGUUGUCACAUCUCUUCCGAAGCUCAGACACCUCCUUCUUGAAUGUGACAAGGAUGGUCCGAAAUAUUGCUCCAUUGUGCCACUGCACUCUUCCAUGGAUGUCACUUACAGUCCCGAGAGAUUACCGCUGUGUUCUAGCUACAUGCAAAUAGUGGAAAUUCUACCUACAUUAGCUCCAAACAUAGUCAUUGUGGCCCUUGAAGAUGGAUCAGUCAGCACGUGGGAUGUUGAGAGCAGACAGCUGAUAAGACAGAUAGACACGGCAAGGUCAGUUGUUCUUGGCAUCAGGCUAACCACAGAUGAGAAGUAUCUGGUAGUGGCCACUACAAAAAAUACACUGCUCAUUUACGACAACCACAAGUCCUGCUUGUUGUCAGAGGUUGAGGUGAAAGGGUCCAAGCACUGUGGCAUCACUGGCGGUGUAGCAUUUAUCAAUGGAUUCACCUUGUCCAGCCACCAUGCCUUAGCUUGGCUGGAGGCAAGCAAAGAUGUCAAUGUGAUUGAUUUGCUCUAUGGCUGGCCGUUGUAUCAGUUCCAUUGCUGGUAUGAGGUAACCUGUGUCCAGUGUUCCCCAGAUGGAAUGUAUGCUUUCUGCGGACAGUAUCUCAACACAACCACCAUAUUUCAUCUCGGAAGUGGGGACAAGCUUGCUACAAUGACUUCUGAAUUCUCUGGUGGUUUUGUUAAGUCCAUCCUGAUUCUAGACACCAUUCAUCAAAUGGUGAUGAUCGACAAUGAGGGCAGUCUCUCUGUGUGGAACACCAAAGAUAUCACAAAUCCCAAACUGAUGGAGGAUUAUGACUGCAGAGGAGAUGAUAGUGAAGUUGUGGGCAUAGAGCUUUCUGAGGAUCAGCGAUCCAUCCUCAUCUGCAAAGCGAGAAGCAUUGAGGUGCUGGACACCAAGAUUUGGAAGAUGGCAGAGAAGUUCAAGGCCAAGCGCAGCGAGAAAUUUGUGGCAGCCGUUCUCUCCAAAAACAGCCAAAGUAUAAUAGCUUCCAUGGAGAACACAUCAUCCAUAUUCGUGUGGAGGAGAGAUAGUGGACAGUGCAUGGCCAGCUUGAUAGAGAUAUCUGGAGCCAUUGUUAAACUGAUCAAAUCAACACACCAUAACUUGCUGCUGUCUGUGGCCAGCAGUGGCGUGCUUUCUGUGUGGGACAUUGACAUAAUAACAGCCAUGUCAAACAUUGAUAAAACUGGGAAACCUAUCCAAAGUCUGCAGCUCUCUGGCCGAGAGGAUUUUGUCUACACCAUGGAUGGGUCAGAGGUCAUCCACAAGUGGAACUACAGCACAGGUUUCAUUGAGAUGGUGUUCAAGCAUGAAGGCCUUGUGGAAAACUGCGUCUUGACAACAUCGGGCGAUCUAAUGGUGACAUCUGAUGAUAAAAGUAGUCAGUACAUCUGGCAUACAACCACGGGUGAGAAUAUAUUCCGUAUCAAUGGUCAGAGGAUCUCACAGCUUCUCAUCACACACAAUGAUCAGUUUGUAGUGUCCCUUUGCGAGCAAAAUGCUUCCCGCGUUUGGAGGCUUGCAACCGGGCACAAGGUGUGCAAUAUAUUGGUAACACUCCAGCAUGCCCUCAUUACCACAGCAAACACAUUCCUCGUGGGAAGCAACAAGAAUAAGAUGCUGGCUGUUAGUUUGUGGUCAGGCAGUGUAUCCAAAAAGUUCAUCUGUGAUGAUGGGAUCACAAUUGUUAACUUCAAGUUAAUUCCUGACAGUCCAGAUUAUGUCGUCUUCAUCACCUCCACAGAAACAGUUUUCAUUUGGAGUGUUGCAGAUGAGUCUGUGUGCAGGCGGGUGCAGCUGCCUAGCAACUUUUUAAAGAACUUGGAGGAUUUCCAAAUAUCGCCAAAUGGGAAAUUGGGCAUUGUGUCGAAAGGUGAUGAGAACAUUAAUGUCCUAGACCUUCACAGUGGAAAACUGCGUCUGGUCCAUGCUGCUGGUAUAAUAUGGCGGCAAAAGCUCUCACGAGAUGGACGCUAUUUAGUGUACAUCUGUUUCCUCAAUUGUGACGAAGAUGAUGAUGCAGGGGUGGUUUCAAGUCUGAUUGUCAUGAGAUUGGCAGAUGGCAAGAGCAUCGGGACCUGUUCCCUCUACAAAACGCCAACCUAUCUGUGCCUAUCACAGCGAGCACUUAACAUCAUUGUGGGAUUUGAGGAUGGCAGCAUUGGCACCUACACAGUCGUAGACCGUGUGGAUGCAGCUCUGAAAAUCAAGAUCGCCACCUCAAACAGUCGCCAAAUAGUUAACAACGCCUCACAGAAAGUACGACCCAAGUGUAGCACCAAUGCCUUCAAGACCAUUGCUGACUGUGUGUGGAGAGAAUCCACCGAGGUCUUUUCACGGGACAGUCCUAUCAAUGUGUCUGACAGUGGAGAACCAGAGACAACAACACCCACAAAGAAAACUGAACUGCUGCAGUGAGAGCGCCCUCUGUAGGACACUGACAGACAUGAAGGAACAAGGCCAGGUUUGGACACAGGUGAUUAUUGUUUACAGCAACUUUGAUUCAACUGCACAGAUCAGUUCUCUGGGUAACACACAGCAACUGGCCAUUUGCUAUUAAGCUGCACUUAAGCUGCAACCAGUCACCUUGGUUUCUUUUAUCCAUCACCAACUUACUGUCAAAUGUGUACAAUGAAUUUGAUAGUAACAAAUUCAUAACAAAAUGUCAUUGACUGGAAAAGCAGAUCCAGUUGGCUUUAUGAUAUGUUCUUCCUUUUCGUAUGUAUACCGGUGUGGCCAUAUAGUUUAGAUUUUGUUUAGUCAAAUCAAGCCAUAAAGUCACUUUAUACAGAAGCAUAGAGAAAUGUAAUAGAUUUGUAGCCAUAUAAAAGUUGCUGCCAUUUUUUUUUUUUUUUUUAUAUAUAUAUAUAUAUCAUUUGUGUCUGUUUAUUAACGUCCUCUGGUACUGUACUAAAAUGGAAACUUAUGUACAUAUGUGUACAUAUGUACUUUGGCUGCUGCAGUUUGUGCAACUUCUUAAAUAUAUGUUAUGUUGUGCUAAAUGCAAUCAAAGUGAGUGCCUGGAUUUUAACUUUUUUGUUACAGAAACUGAUUAAGAAAAAAAUGCAGGGAAUUUCUAAAGAAAAAUAUAUUGAUACAACUAUUCAUCAUUACGGUUCUGCAUACAAUGAACAUUUAGCAUACAAAUUUGCUUAAUUUGAAAUUACAGCAUUUAAAUGAGGAUCAUUGGAUCAAAGUUUCAGUAUUCAGGUAUUCAGAGUAUAGUCUGGAGUCAUCGUGAGCUUCUUAAUGAAAUUCAGAAUGUGUUCUAGACUUUCUCUGACCAAAGUCGCAUGGAAAUCCAUGUGUGGAAUUUGCUUGAAAUACCAGACAGUAUUGAACCCAUCCUCGUAUUCUAUACCAAUUCACCAGUUAAUGUUACUAUACCACAGCAUCGCAGUCCAAGUUUCAAACUGUGGUGGGAAAAUGUAUAUUUUGUUUUCUCAGUGAAAGGAUUUGAACUGGCAAACUGAUACUGAGAAGGUCAUCCUCUGACUCGACUAAAUCCUAGAGAUUAAUAGUAUUAAUGGCAUUACUUUUAAAGAAUGUGCAAUUCAUUGUAUCAAAGGACAGUACAGUUGUAUCAAGCUACAAAUGUUGAGUACUGAUUUGAGGACUAAACCACUAUUGAGGAGUCAUGUGUAGCAUCUCACCAAGAGUUUCUACGCCUUAACGGUUGAGUCAUCUUAUACAAAUGUGUAUUUGUAAUUGUUCUUUGUGAGGUAAAGGUUGAUUGAUUGUGUGCUUGAAAAAAAUAUAUACUUUGUACUUUCAUGUUAUAGAUAACUUAGAGAUAUUUAUGAAUAGAUUAUAUGUUAUCAUAAACAAGGCUGAUUUAUGAAUGGUGUUUACCAAGGCAGUGUUUGGUGGUUGCACUUUAUUUUAAACGGGUUGUUUACUGAGGUUGACUUUGAACAAGUGUGUCGUGAAUGCUAACUAUACGAUUUUUGCCUUCAGUUAUGGGUGUACUCCGGCAUGUCGCAAAAGAAAGUAGUUUCAACAAAAUGAUCAGCCAUGCCCCAUUCAAACUCUUCUCUCCAUAACUCAAGGGCUAUUCCGUCGAAUUGUAUGUUUACCUCUGGAAAUACUGACACAUAGGCCCAUUUACAACCCACAACCUGUAGCAGCAUUCAGGUGUGAUUAGCAUCUCCCACUGAAGUGUUUAAAACAUAUAAAUAUCAUACAAUAUUUGCCAAAGUUUUAUUUAUUUAUUUUUAAUUAUUAAUAUUUGUUUUCAGAAUGUUAAAUGGUGUUGUUUGUGACCCUACUUGUUACUUUUCUGGCUUUGUUGUGUUUUCUAGCAUAACUACGAGAACAUGCAUUAUCUUUGCUAAGAGCUUGACAAAGUCCAUCUCUAUUAUAACGGAAUGCCAGUUUUAGAGUAUCUUUGAAUGUGUCCAUAUGAGAGCAGUUGAACAGUAUAUUAUAUGUUAUGUAACUUGAAUGACUUUUAACUACUUGUUUGCAAAACAUAGUUCACAUACUGGUAUUGAAUGUGUUUAUUGUAUUAUUUGUAUUGUCAAGAUUGAAGAUCCCUGUUUAGAGAUAUAUAUUUUCAUAAAUGUUGUACUUACAUUUUGUUACAAAGUUGUUUAUGUAUUCUAGAAAAAAAAUAGCAGAAAAAAAUGUGUCUGAAAGCAAUAUGACUUAGUGUGUAUGCAUUGUUUGUAUGGAACAUUUUAAUGUAAUAAAAUGGUUUUCUUUCUGCCUCUUCAA